CGCAGCGUUGCCAGUCGCAAUCCAGCGCUCGCGACGCGACGGCGGUAGCGCUUCCAAAUUCAAAAAACAUCACUUGACAUAUUGUUUUUUUUCACGUCGCGUCCAGUGUUACGAAACUAUCGGUUUUGUGCCAGUGCGUCAUCGUGUGUGUGCGUUCGGCCUUAUUUGUGUUUUAUUUUUCAAAUACGAUUCCCAUUAUUUGUGUGCGUAGCCUUAUGUGUUUGAGCUAAAGUUGCAGAAGAUCAUUGGACAUGAUUCACGUCGAUGAAACGGAUCCCGUUGGAGAGAUCGAGCCGCCUUUUUCAUACCGAGAUGUCACAAUCAAAAGAAAUACAGAUGUUAACGACUUCUACGAUAUGCUAUCGGAGAUCGGCCGGGGCAAGUUUGGUACAGUGUACCUCUGCCGUGAGAAGUCAACCGGCCUGGAGCUAGCAGCAAAGCUGGUCUCCGUGAACCGAAGGGACGAGAGGCGCAAUGUGGAACGCGAGGUCGACGUGAUGAGGCGGCUGCGACAUCCCAGGCUUAUACAGCUGUAUGACGCUUACGACUGGGGGAAAUACAUGUGCGUCGUGCUGGAACUGAUCACAGGUGGCGAGUUGUUCGAGAGAGUUAUCGACGAGGACUUCGUGCUAACAGAAAGAGCAUGCACUGUGUUCAUGCGACAGAUAUGCGAGGGCAUAGAGUUCGUGCACCGGCAGAACAUAUUGCACCUCGAUAUGAAGCCUGAAAACAUCCUCUGCCUCACCAAAGCUGGAAAUCGAAUAAAGAUCAUCGAUUUCGGCCUAGCGCGUUUCUACGACCCGGAAAAGAAGUUGCAAGUGUUGUUUGGAACCCCAGAGUUUGUCGCACCGGAAGUAGUCAACUUUGACCAAAUCGGUUACGGGACAGACAUGUGGUCUAUCGGCGUUAUAUGUUACGUGUUGUUAUCGGGACUCUCACCAUUCAUGGGCGAAACAGAUAUAGAGACAAUGGCCAACGUCACUAUAGCCAAAUAUGACUUCGAUGACGAGGCCUUUAACGAGAUAUCCGAGGACGCCAAGGACUUUAUCAGAAAACUCCUCGUGAAAGACAAAGAGUCACGGCCGAGUGCUACGGAGUGCUUACGUCAUCAGUGGCUGAUCAAACGACCCCCCGCAAAGCAAGACAAGCCCACAAAGCUACCGCAGCUCUCACCAAAACACGAGCUCGACGUCGCGAAAGACAACCUAAGGAACUUCGUCGAGCGCUGGAGCGAGCAUCCCAAUUCUCCUUACGUCUUUGAUAUCCAAGCGCAUGAAAUUCUUUCUCUAGCUAACGGAAACUGUGAGAGAUCAUCCAUUGGUGGUUGUUCUCCAUCACCAAGAAGUUCACUCAGCAGCUCACCUGAUAUAGUCUUCGGCGAAGAUGAUUUAGAACCACCGCCUUUGCGAGAUCCAACACACACAACAAGGUACAAUCCAGUAGAAAGGAGAGCGUCAGACAGCAGUUGCUUCUUACAUAAGAAACAAGACAUAUUCGUUAGAAAGAACCUCGCCGAAGAAAUAAAAAAGCUAUCGGAUCAUCUAUUUAUGCUAUCAACAAUGAACACAGACUUAACGAAUAAUAAUAGUAUGAAAGAAAAAGACAAAAACGUUACGGAAAACAAAUCGUUUGUUACGGAAGACAAAAAGUUAACGAACGGUUUCAAAAGAGAAACGAACUCGACGAUCACAAAAACGAUUACUAACGGUAACUCUACUAAUAUUGAGAAGAAGAUAUUUCAAUCAAAAUCAACCAACAGAGUAAGUUCAGCUUUUCUCACUGAAAAAGAACAGCAGAAGCCUAUGACAAGUAAAAUGCCCUGGGUGAAAUCAGCGAGAUCAAAAAGAGUGACUACCACAAGUAGAGAUGUGCCAGACCAGCCUAUCGAGAAACGAAACACAUUCUUCGUCGAAUUCGACAAAAGGCGCGGGAGAAUAGACAAAUUAGUUAAUGGCUUUGAGAAUGGAAAACAGGUACCGUACAAAAGGGACGACGAAAACAACGCGCAUCGAACAAAGGACUUGCUGUUACAUCUUCUCGAAAAAUGGGGGGAAAGCGACGAAGGUGAAGGGGAAAGAACCGCUGGAGGCACUUCUAAUAGCGGAAGGCAUCAGUCCAUAUCGUUAGAGUGGUCGCAAUCCAACCAACUUGCGCAAAAUUCCAUGUCGAGUAUACACGCUUUCUUUAAGAGGCAAUCCUCAGAUGAAAAGGUGCAAAAGAAAAAUGGGACAACAAAGCUUACGAAUGCUAAAUGAUUAUUAAAGAUUUUUAGACAUGAAUAUUAAUUGUGCCAUGACGUGUUGUUCAGAAAGAUUAGCUUCAAACGUAUUUUUUUUAGUGUAAAGAACUAGGGAAGUCUUAAGACACAAGGCUUGUAGAGUAAACUGCGAGCCUAAAACAGUGCCGUAAGACGAUGCCAGUCGCGCCCAGAAAACAGCACAGAAAUAACUGACUGUGAUAAAAUAGUAGUAGAACUUCUCGUGACAGAGCUCGUCUAGGGAAUGCGGUACUACCACCAUGCCGCCAGGCAGCGCUGCUGUGUUCCAGUCGGAUCGGCGUGGUUGCUAGUGUAAUAACAGGCACAUGAGGCUCAACACCAACGUGACGCCUCAUGUUGAUGGCGGCACUUUAAAUGCUUGACCUGAGAAGUGUUUCUCCGUUUACAAGCGAUGGUACUCCACAAACAAUGAGCCAUCUGCUUGGUCAGUUAAUUAGUACCUACUAUAAAAAAAAGCUGGACAAGAUAAGAACAGUUUAUUAAGGGGCAUUUAUAGAAUGUUUCACCGGACACGCUAUCCAGAUACGGUACCAGCUCUAAAUACUCAACACUCAAGAGAAACUACGAUGAAAGAUUUUAAAAUUCGAAAUCCCACUAUAUGGGCAUUUAUAGAAUGUUCCUCCGGACACGCUACCUAGAUACGGUACCAGCUCUAAAUACUCAACAGUCAAGAGAAACUACGAUGAAAGACUUUAAAAUUCGAAAACCCAAUAUAUGGGCAUUUAUAGAAUGUUUCACCGGACACGCUAGUCAGAUACGGUACUGGCUCUAAAUACUCAACAGUUAAAAGAAACUACGAUGAAAUUCUUUAAAAUUCGAAACUCAAUAUAUGUAUUAAUUAAUCAA